UUUCGUAAAACGCGCUCUAGUAAAACAACAACGUUCAUAGAUCUCUGAACUACCAAACAGUCCAACACUGACGAAACGAUUGACUACGAGACGAUGGCGUCCAUGCUAGAAAGCAAGGUUGAGGAACGCAAACUCGACAAACCAGUUGACAGGGAAAAGACAUGCCCUUUACUGUUAAGGGUCUUUCUGUCAUCUGGACGUCAUAGUAAUAUUAAUGAAUAUCGUAGAGGUAAUGUUCCAGCUAAUGAACUACAGAUAUAUACUUGGAUGGAUGCUACCCUCAAUGAGAUCUGUUCAUUGGUCCAGGAAGUGAAUUCAGAUGCUAAGAGGAGAGGGACUGUGUUCGAGUUUAGUUUAGUGGUUCCAGAACUGUCAAAGCCACUUCCAAGAAUGAGAGAUUUAGGCACAAUUGUUGUUGGCCAGAAAGGUUUUGAUGACAACAAAACCUUGUCACAGUGUGGGUUUACAAUUGGAGAUUUUCUGGAUUUCAUUGCCAUCAUAAGCCCGCAGAGACCUGCACAACGGCGGAUGCGGCCUUAUUAUUCAGAAGCUAAGAAUUUUUAAGACAAUAGGUAAAUUAAUUUCAUCAAAAUACCAAGAGAUACACUUUUGUAGUUAAAUGAGUAAGUUAUAUUCCAGGUUAAAUGUCACAGUAUAGGUUAUUUGCUACAGUAACUUUGGGAUUUAAUGGUGGACCCAGGUCAUUGAACCAGCUUAAAGAUCAGAUGUUUUGAUCUGACUAGAUAAUAUUACUUAUGUGAAAAUAAUCCAGUAUUCUGUUUUUUAUAUUGUAUUUAUAAUGAUUGGUUUGAUUGCAUAUUAUUGUACAGGUAUAUCACUGUUCAUAUAACAGUUGGCCCACAUAAAAAAUCAAUUUAUUUAGUUUCGAAAUUUUUUUUAGUAUUUUAAGGAAUUUUAUACAUUUAAGUAGUAUAUAGUUUUAUGUGCUGUUUCUCUUCUGGAAGAUAUUCAACUUACACUAGUUGUAUGAAUGAAUGUGAUGAGUCUUUUGACUUUGAAAGUUGUUCCCCACCAAUGUUUUUCUUUGCAUUGUCAUGUUAAGAGGAUAUUUUCUUGUGCUGAUCGUUUCUUUAUGGAGAAAAUAUAGAUAGUGUGAAUUCACGGAAUGCAUGGUAUUUGUAACUUUUACCAUAAAUAAGUCCAAGGCU